AUGGGUGGAGAUAUUGCUAGUAGUUGUGCAAGUGUUUUGUCUGGUGGAAGAAUUGCAUCAUUGUAUAUUGUCAAUUUAAUAGGUAGCACAGUGUCGGCCAUUUCAUGUCUAUUGACUAUAUUUACAUUUGUGUAUCGAGUCAAGAAAGGAUUGGCAUUAUCCAACCCACCUUCCAACAGAGGACACUUGCAUGUAUACUUGGAAUCAAAACAACCUCUAUUGUCCAAGAUUGACCGACCUGAUAGUAACCGUCUAUCAUAUGAUUCAUUUGAUUCUUUCCCUGCUGCUGCCGAAGACUUGCAACACCAACAACAACAAGUUGAAGGGGAACAAUCAUGCUCAUGUGCACCAACAUCCACAGUCUCAGUGGAUGAUCAUUAUGGAAAUGCUAAUCAAGACACAACAACACCAUCAUCUCCAAGACCAAAGACAAUUAAUCGUCUCAUUUUCUUUUUGACAUUGUCUGAUUUUAUUGGAUGCUCAAGUAUUGUAUUUACUCAAGUCUGUAUGUUGGCCGACUUUCAUUUCGCAACUACCAUUCACUUUUGUAUUGCUUUGCGAUGCGUCAUUCAUUUUGGGUUUCUUUCUUCCUUUCUUUGGACUAAUUGUAUUGCAUUUUAUUUACUUCGAGAAGUAUAUGAAUGGAAACCACAAAGAUUUCCAUUUUAUAUCUUUCAUAUUGUGUGUUGGGGUAUCCCAUUAAUCUCUAUUACCAUCUUUGCAUCUGGUCAUUUUAUUGUCAAAGCUGAUCAAAUUGGAUGGUGUACAAUAACACCAAAGUUUCAAUUCUUUUUUUGGGUAUUACCAUUGGUUAUAUCAGUAUUGUGGAACUUGUUAUGUUAUGUAUUAAUCUAUAAAAAGUUUAAUCAAAUCCUAUCAUUUGGCGUGUUUGGAUCGAAAUCACAUCAACUCAAGCGACAUGUCUCUAAAAAGUUAACGCUCUAUCUUGCAGCAUUCCUUGUUUGUUGGCUACCCGAUCUCAUCAACCAUACUAUCUUUUAUGUUGGAGCAUGUCCUCCGUUUGUCAUGUGGGUGUUGCAAGACCUCUUUUCACCACUGCAAGGUUUCCUCAACUUUGUAGUCUAUGUCCUAACUUAUCGUAUCGUCACUGUACCUUGGAAAAGAAACACUAAUGCUAAUCGUCUUUCAUGUUAA